AUGGAACCAAGAGCGCGCGCCGGGAAGAACAGAGGGCAGCAGAGCUUCUCGGACCAGGAACUCCAGCUCUUUCUCUUUGCCCACGGCGAUGUCCCAGACUCCCUCGAGAGCACCAAGCGCGUAUUCGACGAGCUUCUCACAGACUUCAUCACCGAGCUCUGCUUCGAGGCCCACCGAUCAGCCUCGCUGUCAGGGCGCCAGAAGAUAAAGCUCGACGACAUCAAAUUCGCUUGUCGAAAGAAUCCUUCAUAUCUGGGCAAGAUAGAGGAAACCGCUCACAAUAAAGACUUGAUCGAUAAGGCAAAAAAGCUUGUGGAUGUGACGGAUGACAGAAUCACCAAAUCGAAUAUGAAGGCAAUGGAGGAACCUCUUGGCGACGGAGACGAUGAUAUGGAUUUUGACGCGCGGAAUACUGGUGGAAAGAGUGGUACUGGAGCUGCACGCUGA